AUGCCGGAAGUGAGUGCGGACGCUGAGUCUCGGGUCCGGGGUUUGUGCCGGACCAUCUCGGACCAUUUGUGCGACGGUCGGCGCGGUGAAAUUCUGAGGUCGGGAGUCCGUCUUUGUAUCGUUGGCCGCCCCAACGUGGGCAAGAGCAGCCUGCUUAACGUCCUGCUGCAGCGACCUGCUGCCAUCGUGUCGCCAAUACCAGGUAGUUGUCUGGGCAUCCAUCCACUCGAGGAAUAUCUAUCGGGACCGGAGGUCAUACUCCCUUGCGGUGAUGUGGUUGAACGCGAUACACAAAACGAAGAUAACCAUAACAGGAUUUGCGGUGAUGUGGUUGAACGCGAUACACUAAACGAAGAUAACCUUAACAUGAUCUGUGAUGAUGUGGUUGAACGUGAUACACUAAACGAAGAUAACCAUAACAGGAUCUGCGGUGAUGCGAUUGAACGUGAUACACAAAACGAAGAUAACCAUGACAGGAUCUGCGGUGAUGUGGUUGAAAGCGAUACACAAAACGAAGAUAACCAUGACAGGAUCUGUGAUGAUGCGAUUGAACGCGAUUAUAGAAAAGUUAACAAGUCCAAUGUGAUGAAAUGUGCCAAAGAAAAUAAAUUGGUCGUGAAUGAAGGCGAUAAACUUGACGGUGUUGGUGAUGAUCUCCGCAAACACGAUCCUGAUUGUAAGCUAAACGUUGAUAUUAAACGUCAAGAAUCCUGGAAAUCACUGUCGAGCACAGUUACAGAAUUAUUGGCCGAAUUAUUCCAAGAAAAUCUUCGUUUGAUGCGAUGGUUUCAAGAAAAUAAUUAUGUAGUAUUGUUGAAUAAGACUGACUUAUUAGAACCUCAAGAUAAGGCUUACCUUCUUAAUUAUUUGUCAUGUUACAUUAGUUAUGGCAAGUGUGAUAAAACUUCGUCGACUUGUUUACAUCACACUCUGGGUGUGAAUUCCACUCGCUCAUCCUUCUCGGGGGCAUCUAAAGAUUCUACAAGGAAUGGUAAUGAAUUAUUGCCUUGCAUCCUUCGAUGCGAUGCUGAGGUUAAAAAGAAUAUUUCCGUAGAUAAAUCCGCUAUAAAUGUUAGGGAUAAUUCUCAGUGUUUCCUAUGUGUACCAUCCUCAUUAUUGCACGAGGAAGGGGUAGAGUCUCUCCUCUCCUCCCUGGCUUGUCUGUGCGAACGUCUUUGCUGGAACCGACAAGAAAAUGAAGCCCCGGCCAUCACUUCAGCCCGACACAGAGCCCACCUCUCCGCUGCCCUCAAAUCCUUGCUACUCUUGCUCGGUGAGCAGCGAUUGCAUCGGCAGUUGUGUGGGGAUACAAGCCAGAAUUUAUCCUCACGAAAUGGUGUUAAAAAUAGUGAUUUGUUGCUUAAAUGUAAUAAUGAUAAUAUGUCAUCAUCUAAUGAAAGUGCAGUGAAUUAUUUGCCAUCAAAUAGUUCUAAUGUGAACUUACUCGCGCAUGAGUCAACUUUGGAUGUAGCCGCUCAUCAUUUGUUCGUGGCAGCGAGACACCUGGGGCAAAUUACCGGCCACAUCUCCACCGAACAAGUUCUUGACCAAAUCUUCAGCGAGUUCUGCAUCGGCAAGUGAUGUCCCAGGACCCGCAUUCCACCAAAUAUCUAUUGAUGAAAGUUGGGACUGUAAAUGCCAAAUCUUCAGCGAGUUCUGCAUUGGCAAGUGAUUUCCCAGGACUCGCAUUCCACCAAAUAUCUAUUGAUGAAAGUUGGGACUGUA